AUGCUCUCAAUAUCAGAGACUUUGCACCAUGAUUCUGUCGAUGCUUCAGAACUCGACAGCGCAGUCACUACUUCGUCUCGACAAUUGACAACUACCUGUCAUUCAUCCAGAAGCAAUUCAGUUUUGCGAGCCCAGCGCACGAGGCAGAAGACACAGCGCUUUGAACUCCUCCACUCCAUGACUGCAGAGGAACGUCUGAAGUUUUUAAAGCAAGAGACUGCAAAGAAGGAGGAAGUACUACAGCGUCUACAGCGAGCAGCAGCUUCUGACAGCUUCAGCCAACGGAUUGUGAUUGAUUUGAGCUUUGACAGCAUCAUGAACGAUAAAGAACUUCGAAGUCUUGCGAACCAGCUUAAGCUCUGCUAUGGGGCAAUCAAGCAAAUGGCCGAGCCGUUUCAAUUGGUCUUUUGCAAUCCUAGCGGGCAGCUGGAGCACUCGUUAGAACGGUAUGGCGCCAGCAAUUGGUAUAUUCAGUGGCGACGUGGAGCUGAAAGCGUCGCAGAGCACUUUCAACUGGACAAACUCGUGUAUUUAUCACCCGAUUCUCCCAAUGUACUGAAGAAAAUAGACCCAGAGAAGAUAUAUGUGAUUGGGGGCAUUGUGGAUAAGUCCCGUCGAAAGGGAGCAACGCUUAACGCAGCUACUGAAGCUGGUAUCACGACAGCCCGAUUGCCGAUUCAGGAGAAUAUCCCAGAACGGCCGGACCAUAUAUUGAACGUCAACACGGUAGUUGACGUGCUGAUCAACUUUCAAGAGCUCGGCGACUGGCCGCGCGUGCUGGAAACUGUGUUACCACAGCGUAAACGGAGCCAGGUAGGUCGAAAAGCUAUUCGACGGCGACAGAAGCAGCAAAUGCUCCAGACCGUUUCGGCUAACGGUACCAGUUCAAACCAAGCAAAUGAUGUCGCUCGGAGCCAAACUUACCAGAACAAGACCAAGCAGCGUGAAGUCAUUAGCGACGGGAUAGAGAACACAGAAGCGGAGUUGUCUCCAACAGAGGACAUAAGCUUGUGGUUGGACGAUCUAGCAAGGUGA